AUGAAUCUGGCCGCCUUUCCCUCCAGCUCCACCACCACCCUUGCCACGCCUGCGACGCUCCCCUGGCAUGAGAUGCCAUUAAAUUCCUCCGCCACUUUCUCGUCCUCGCUGCUCAGCCGCUCGCUCUGCGCGUCGCUCCGGAGGAUCUCUCACAUGGCCUCCGCCGCCGCCCCCACCUCCGCGCCCGCCGCCGCCGCCGCCGAAAACGGCGCCGCGAAGGCGAUGGAGCAGCGGCCCGUGCAGGUCGCAAAGCGGUUGGAAAAGUUCAAGACAACAAUUUUCACUCAGAUGAGCAUGCUUGCCAUCAAGCAUGGAGCAAUAAACCUUGGCCAGGGCUUUCCGAAUUUUGAUGGCCCAGUCUUUGUGAAAGAGGCCGCUAUUCAAGCUAUGAAUGCUGGGAAGAAUCAGUAUGCAAGAGGGUUUGGUGUGCCUGAACUGAACUCGGCUAUUGCUGAAAGGUUCCUGAAGGACAGUGGAUUGCAAGUUGACCCUGACAAAGAAGUUACUGUUACAUCUGGAUGCACUGAAGCAAUAGCUUCAACAAUAUUAGGUCUGAUUAAUCCUGGCGAUGAGGUGAUAUUGUUUGCUCCAUUCUACGAUUCAUAUGAGGCUACACUGUCGAUGGCUGGUGCCAAUGUAAAGGCAAUUACCCUCCGUGCUCCAGAUUUCGCAGUCCCGCUUGAAGAGCUGAAGGCAGCAGUCUCCAAGAACACCAAGGCGAUAAUGAUAAACACACCGCAUAAUCCAACUGGGAAAAUGUUCACUAGAGAGGAGCUUGAAUUUAUCGCCACCCUCUGCAAGGAAAAUGAUGUUUUGCUGUUUUCAGAUGAGGUCUAUGACAAGCUGGCAUUUGAGGCUGAUCACAUAUCGAUGGCUUCUAUCCCUGGCAUGUAUGAGAGGACUGUGACCAUGAACUCUCUGGGGAAGACAUUCUCUCUUACAGGAUGGAAGAUUGGGUGGGCAAUCGCACCACCACACCUGACAUGGGGCCUUAGGCAAGCACACUCAUUCCUAACAUUUGCCACCUGCACACCAAUGCAAGCAGCAGCGGCAGCAGCUCUGAGAGCACCAGAUAGCUACUAUGAGGAACUGAAAAGGGACUACAGCGCGAAAAAAGCUAUACUGUUAGAAGGACUAGAAGCCGCAGGGUUUAUUGUUUACCCAUCGAGUGGAACAUACUUCAUCAUGGUGGACCACACCCCAUUCGGUUUCAACAAUGACAUAGAGUUCUGCGAGUACUUGAUUCGUGAAGUCGGCGUGGCCGCUAUACCACCGAGCGUAUUUUAUCUCAACCCUGAGGAGGGGAAGAACCUGGUGAGGUUUACCUUCUGUAAGGAUAAAGAUACUCUGCGGGGCGCGGUUGAGAGGAUGAAGACGAGGCUCAGGAAGAAAUGA